AUAUGGUCAUUACCUCCUGAUUCUGAAGAGAGAGAGGGAAACAGAGUGCGAGAUGGCCACGCCAUUCGAAACCCAUGUCGUUAUCUUUCCUUUCAUGGCUCAGGGCCACACUCUUCCCUUACUGGACCUCUCAAAAGCUCUUUCACGCCAUCACAUCAAAGUAAGCAUCGUCACAACUCCUGGAAAUGCUAAAUCCAUCUCUAACUAUAUUGCCUCUUACCCUCAUGUAUAUCUCAUCGAAAUCCCAUUUCCCACCGUCGAUGGCCUCCCUAAAGGCUGUGAAAACACCUCCCAACUCCCUUCUAUGGAAUUCCACCUUCAGUUUACCAACGCCACCAAAGAACUUCGAAAGCCCUUCCAAAAUAUCCUUCAAACCAUGCUGGAUUCAGAGACCCCUCCUAUAUGCGUCAUUUCUGAUUUCUUUCUUGGGUGGACGCUCACUGUGUGCCAAGCACUAGGUGUCCCGAGGCUCGUCUUUCAUGGCAUGGGUGUUUUAUCCAUGGCCAUUAGCAAAUCUAUCUGGGUUCAUCAACCCCACUUAAAAGUGAACUCAGUUUUUGAUCCUUUACACUUGCCUGGUAUGAAGCUUCCUUUCACUUUGACAAGUGCAGACUUGCCUGAGACCAUUAACGUACAAAGUCACGAUGACCCGCUAUCUAAACUCAUAGAAGAGGCGGGUGAGGCAGAUGCUAGUAGCUGGGGUGUAGUUGUCAAUAGUUUUGAAGAACUAGAAGGGAGUCAUAUCCCAUAUUUCGAAUCUUUCUACAGUGGAGCUAAGGCUUGGUGCUUAGGACCUCUUUUUUUGCAUGAAAAGAUGGAGGAUCUUGAGAAAAGCCAUUCCUCUAUGUUAAUACAGUGGCUCACUGAACAAAUUACUCCAGAUUCUGUAAUAUAUGUUUCCUUUGGUACACAAGCUGAUGUAUCAGAUGCUCAGCUAGAUGAAGUGGCUUUUGGAUUGGAGGAGUCAGGGUUUCCUUUUGUUUGGGUAUUUCGUUCAAGGACAUGGACUUUGCCAGGAGGCAUAGAGGAGAAGAUAAAAGGCAAAGGUCUGAUAGUUAGAGAAUGGGCUGAUCAACGCAGGAUAUUAUGUCAGCGUUCAGUAGGAGGGUUCUUGAGUCAUUGUGGUUGGAAUUCAGUGCUAGAAAGUAUAUCAGCUGGACUGCCAAUUCUGGCUUGGCCUAUGAUCGCUGAGCAAUCUUUGAAUGCGAAGCUCAUUGUAGAUGGACUUGGAGCGGGGCUUAGAGUGAAAAGGGAGCAGAAGUGUGGGUCUGCGGUUGUUGUUUCACGGGAAGCGAUAUGUGAGGGAGUGAGGGAGUUGAUGGGAGGAGAAAAGGGAAGGAAUGCAAGGGAGAGAGCACAAGCCCUUGCACGGGUGGCUAGGCGGGCAGUGGAGGAUGGUGGCUCAUCGGACGGUAAUCUAAGCAAGAUGAUAGCCCAAUUGCGUACAUGCUAGGCUGGCCAUUGACCAAUUGCCGUUGGAUGGAGCUAGACUAAGCAAAUCUCUAUGGCUCUUGGCGUCUUAUUAUUUAUUGGAUGGGUAGAUUACUAAGUUACGGAAAUUUUAUAUGAGAAAGAAAAACAUUGUCAUGUAUUAAUAUUACGAGUGAGCGUCGCUGUUAAUCUUAUCCGAAUUAAUUAAUGGAUAAAAAAAAUAUAUUUUUAUUUAA